AUGUCGACGAACAGUUCGUUUGUAGCGGCUAUUGUCCAUAGCAACGAUCCGGCUGCUGAUGAUAUUGAUGUCAGCAUGAGAGAAGGUCUAUCUUCGCCAGCUCUUGGUGUGAAUACACCGACGUCGUCGGUUACUUCUUCGGCGCUCCCAUCGAGUUGCUUUCACAAAUUUAUCGCAGCCCCUUCGUUCUUGAAAGCUGGUGUGUACCUUGGUGGUAUCUUGGUGAUACUUGUCGAGAAAGAAUUGAUCCAUGGACGCGCUGUGCGGUUCUCACUUCAGAUCCGGCUGAACCCCGUCGAUAUGCUACAGUACUUGGAUGAAAAGUGCGAUCGUCGCGUUUACAAAGUGCAGGACGAAAUCGUUACGGGAAACUUACCAGUGCCGGAAGAAGAUUUGUCCUGUACUUGA